AACGUGCACUUCCACUUGGAGUGGAAUGGCUAAGAUUUACGCAGAAAGAGCCACAGUGACCUCUAGCGGAAGCGUCUGAGAAGUGCGAUUCUGUUUCAAUGGCAACCGUCACAGAGUUGAAAAGCGCUUUGCGAGAGACGCUGGAGGCCCGUGGGGUCCUGGGGCAGCUGAAGGCGAGGAUCCGGGCGGAGGUGUUCAGCGCGCUGGACGAUGAGAGCACGCCGCGGCCGCCGUUGUCCCACGAGAACCUGCUGAUCAAUGAACUGAUCCGAGAAUACCUGCAGUUCAAUAAGUAUCAAUACACCGCCUCGGUGCUGACCGCGGAAUCAGGUCAGCCUGAAGUUCCCCUAGAUCGGGAGUUCGUGGCCAAUGAGCUCAAUGUCACAGAAGAUUCAAGUGUCAAAGCAGUGCCAUUGUUGUAUGGAUUGCUCCAUCAUUUCCUUAGCAGUAAGGAAGAGCACAAAGGAAAACUCUUCCUAAGAGGCUCAGCAACAGUGCCUUCACAAGAACCUCAUGGCCAUCGUAAUGCAGAGUCAUAAAACUGAGGUAAGAGAGGG